GCUCUGUAGUUCUCUCGUGCCUGUGCGUAAUGACGCAUCUCUCCUCCAGCGCCUGUGCUCCCCUCCUCCCUGCUGUCACAUCUGGAUCUGGCUCCUCUCAUCAGCACCACUCAGCGCAGUGGGAGAGAAAGAGAGAGAGAGAGGAAGAGAGAGAGGGAGGGAGGGAAACGACCGGAGAAGCGGAGGCUGGCUCGGUCGGUGCAGCCUCAUCCACAGCCGAGCAGAAUCAAGGAGAGGAGAGCGGAAGGACAUCUCACCUUCUCAUCCGCACUCACGGAAAUUUUGCAUCUCCUCUGUCCGUCCAUCCGUCAGUCCACCUUCUUAUUUCCUCUCCUUCUCUUCCCUCCUCUCGUCUUGGGUAUGAUGAUGAGCUCCAGCCUGCUGGAAAACCCGGUGCAGGCGAUUCUGUACCUGCGGGAGCUCACAACCAUCGUCCAGAACCAGCAGAGUCUCAUCCAGACCCAGCGCGCCCGGAUAGAGGAGCUGGACCGGCGGGUGGACGAGCUCAUCGGCGAGAACAGGCACCUGCGGGACGUCAGGGUACAACAGCAGCAUCUUUACCAUCACCACCACCACCAUCACCCCGACCCCAGCCUUCAUCAACACCACCACCCUCAGGAGCCCCAGCUCAAGACUAGUGUGGGGCCAGACCAUGCUGCUGCUGCACCAGCACAGGUCGAGGCGGCUCCGGCGGUCCAGCCGUCGCCUCCCCAACCUAUGGACCCGGGAGACAUGCAGCUGGUCCCGGCUGACCCGUCAACGGUUUCUCCGGUUGAGAGUGACCCAGAAAACGGCGGAAGUUACCAAAGCUGCCGCUCUUUGGUUCCGAUGACCCCCACAACCCUGUGUCGAUCCCUGGCCCUGGCUAAGAAAUCCGAGAGCGAGACCGUGCUGCAUCAGUUUUGCUGCCCCGCCCCUGAACAUCCAGAGGCUGACACCACAGGCUCAUCUGGUGGACAGAUGCUGAGCCUGGAGGAUGGAACGUCCUCUGGUGGUGGACAGGAAGUGGAGGGGACCAAGAGAGAGGGACCCAGCGAGUACGAGAUCACCCUGGAGAAUAAGAACAAACAGAUAGAGGAGUUGGAGCAGAAAUAUGGAGGCCAUCUCAUAGCGAGACGGGCAGCCCGACGUAUCCAGACAGCCUUCCGUCAGUACCAGCUCAGCAAAAACUUCCAGAAGAUCCGUAACUCUCUGUCGGAGAGCAAGUUGCCACGCCGGAUCUCUCUGCGACACCCCAGCCCUUCAGGCCGAAACCGUAACACGGCCCAGAGACACAGUUACAGCCUGCAUCCUGGAGGAGGACAGAUACCUUUACGCUCCAAAACUCCACCUCCUCCCCCGUGUCGCUCCACUUCUCUGCCCCCUUCUCCUGCUUCUGCCUCAGCAACUGCUCCCACUCCUGCUCCAGCCCCAGCCCAACCUCAGACCCCUGGACAAACACUCACACAGCUGGAGGACUGCUUCUCUGAACAGCUUCACUCCUUGGCCCAGUCAAUUGAUGAUGCCCUUCGUGGUUGGAGCUUGUCAGAGGGCGGAGAUGGGAAAGGGCUAUUGAUGGACCCCGGGGCCCUUCGAGCAGCUGCUGAAAGCGCUUGUCUGCCCCGCAGUGCCAGCUCGCUGCUCAUGGCCUUCAGGGACGUCACUGUUCACAUCGACAGCAAUAGCUCCUACACCAUCUCCACUGCCACUACCACAACCACCACCUCCCUGGGCAAUGCAGGUGGGGGACAGCCGGGCAGUAGGAAGACCUCUGUGAGUGGGACAGCUGGGGGAGGGGAUGGCCAGCUCACAGAGGAGCCAGAGUUUCCUGCACCUCCUCCCAGUGAGGAGCUGGAAAUGGCUGAUCCAGGAUCCAGGAGGGGCUCAGCAGUGCCAGCUCUCGGAGGAGGAGUAGGAACGGAGGGGGAGAGCGACUCAGACAGACUGGGGUCCACAUCCACUUCUACCUCUACCUCCACCUCUAUUUCCACCUCAACCCAGUCUAACCAGCAACCUGCUCAGAUUUACACCCAGUACCAGCAGUACCACUACACUCAUCCUCAGCAGAUCCCUGGUGGGCCGAGCCCCGAGGCCCUGCAGGCCCUCGUCGUCUCUCUGCCCAGGGACCGCUGCCAGGAUCCAGCCUCCUGCCGCUCGCCAACUCUAUCCACAGACACACACCGCAAACGCCUCUACCGUAUAGGACUCAACCUCUUCAAUGUGAAUCCAGAGAGAGGCAUCCACUUCCUGAUCACGCGUGGUUUUGUCCCGGACACGGCCAUCGGGGUGGCUCACUUCCUGCUGCAGAGGAAGGGCCUGAGCAGACAGAUGAUUGGAGAGUUCUUGGGGAACAGCAAGCUGCAAUUCAACAGAGAUGUCCUUGAUUGUGUCGUGGAUGAGAUGGAUUUCUCAGGCAUGGAGCUCGACGAAGCCCUGAGAAAGUUCCAGGCUCAUGUUCGUGUUCAGGGAGAAGCACAGAAAGUGGAGAGACUCAUCGAAGCCUUCAGCCAGAGGUAUUGUAUGUGCAAUCCUGACGUGGUGCAGCAAUUUCACAACCCGGACACCAUCUUCAUCCUGGCCUUCGCCGUGGUCCUCCUCAACACUGACAUGUACUCACCUAACAUCAAACCCCAGCGCAAAAUGGGCCUCGAUGACUUCAUACGCAACCUAAGAGGUGUGGAUGACGGUGCAGACAUCCCCAGAGAGAUGGUCGCAGGCAUUUACGAAAGGAUCCAACAAAGAGAGCUCCGUUCCAACGAAGACCACGUCACCUAUGUGAGCCGUGUGGAGCAGUCCAUCCUGGGCCUGAAAACUAUCCUCGCUGUGCCCCACAGACGUCUGGUGUGCUGCUGUCGUCUGUUUGAGGUGCCUGACGCCAACAAGCCUCAUAAACAGAAACUGUCCCAGCUGCAGAGAGAGGUCUUCCUCUUCAAUGACCUGCUGCUGAUCCUGAAGUUGUGUCCUAAGAAGAAAAGCUCGGCUUCAUACACCUUCUGCAAAGCAAUGGGUCUUCUGGGAAUGCAGUUUCACCUCUUCAGCAAUGAAUAUUAUGCCCAUGGCAUCACCAUGCUGAGCCCGUUUACCUCAGAAAAGAAGCAGCUGGUGAGUUUCUGCUCCCCGAGCGGAGAAGAGCUUAGGAAGUUUGCCGAGGAGCUCCGAGAGGCUAUCGCAGAGGUCAAUGAGAUGGAGCAGAUACAUAUCCAGUGGGAAUUGGAGAGGCAACAAGGCAUCCAGCCACACGGCAUACACACCAAUGGCGGGCAAGUGGACACACACACAGGACACGGCUCUCCCUCAGGCCAACAGGAUGCGUAUGAUAAAACCGGCAACAACAACACAGUAGAGGUGUCAAUUCACAACAGGCUGCAGACCUAUCAACUGAGCCAGCCCAGCAUUGAGUCCACGCCUCUGGCCCUGGCUGCGCCACCCGCCCUGCUCAGCCCCGUCCAAGCCGGAGAGCUUCGCCCGGAAACACUCAUCCAAUGCCAGCAGAUUGUCAAGGUGAUCGUCGUGGACCAGAGCGGGCGUGGGCGGAUGGAGGCAUUCCUCAGCCAAGGCCCGGCCACACAUCAGCUUAUCCAGUCGGCCAUGUCCACUCCUGUGCGCGUCAGAGAGGGGGACGGCCCUCAGCCUCCUCUGCCGCCUCCCCCUCCACCUUACAACCACCCCCACCAGUUCUGUCCCCCUGACUCACCCAUGCCCCUCCACCACACCAUGCCUCUCACCCGCAGGCGCAACUCCAGCGGCUCCCGCAGCAUCGUUUGAGUUGUUGGCUACUCUAUGAACCCUCGGGGCCAGACAUGAGCCUCACACUCACACACAGUGACACACACAUGCUGGAGCACUCGUCGACUCACUUUGAAUGGUAAGAUUAAAGCAUUGCUAAAAAAGAGAAGUGAGGAAUAUACUGUACGAGACGAAUAAAGCGACGAAGGAAAAGGAAACCAACAGGAGUCUAUUCAUAGUCUUGACUGAGUGGUGUUGUUUUUGAACGUGUUUUUUUGAUGCCAUUUCCGAAAGACAACUUUUCCUCUUUCUUUUGUCUCCAACAAUUCACCCGGUAGCUGAUGGUGUUGUCUGUCUAGAUUUCACACUCUUUAAGAGAUCUUGUGACUUUGCAUUUUUAAAUGUCACCUGUCCAACAAAUGUGUCUGUGAGCUAUAACUGUGAAACUGAGGGGCGGCAUCAGAAAAGCAAUCUCUGGCAGCCCUAAAAGGAUAAAUGAUCGCUUUAAAUAUGAAGGACAAAACUCUUCUUUUGUUUUGUUCUCUUUCAGGACAUCGAUGUUAAGUUCGCACCUCUUUGUUCGGUCUGGGUUUUCAGUAUUAGAUACACCGCACUCACUGAGGAAUCAUUUCAGCAGAGCUAAUCUAGCUUCUCCUCACUGCAAUCUUAUUUUCUGCAUAAUGUGAAGAAACAAGAGCACCAGCUUAUUUGUUUCCUUCAUUUUCUAGGGAACAGAUAAUAAGGUAAGGUAAAUGGCUCGAGCAUCUCUACCCUGUCAUGUGCAGUGUAGUACAGUAAGCAAGGAUGCUGUUACUCACUUAAUUAACCUUAAACCACAUUCUGACGACAAUCAUAUUUUCCUGUGCUUCUUCGUUGUGUGUUUUGCUAAACUUGUGUGAGCAGACAUCUUCACAGUAGCGUGUGACUGCCCUGAUUCUGUGGCGUUUUGCUCUCGCAGAGCUCAGGAAAGGAUUCGCUGCACUGCAACAUGUAAUAUCUGAGUCGGACUGAGACAAAUGGCUUGUGUGCUGUGUGUUCAGUCUGCUUACUCAUGGGCAGCAGGGAGUAGGGCUGGUAAUCAAUCCAAAACAAGGCUAAAUCAGCCACAUGAAGCCUUUAUCCUCCUGUACAUUUACUCCUAAUGGGUUACCUAGUGUGAAUAUUGUUGUUACCUUUGGAUCUAGGCAAUAUCUGUGCCCGGGAAACUUGUAGCUUUAGAUUUAAAAAAUGAAUAUAAAUUGCUCCACACAGGGUAGACCAAGGUCACCUCACAGAAAACAUCACUCCCUUCUCACGAAUUAUAUUUUUCCUUGCACACUGAAAAAUGUUAUAUAAGCAGAGAUGCAUUCCUAUACUGAAUGUUAAUCAGGAGGAAAACUGAAGAUGUCCAUGGAAUAAUUAUUGACUUCAUCGUCGGGUUGUUUGUCCAGUGUCGAUGGUUCGAGCUUGAGCCAGUUUGUACAGCAAAUCAUCCAACUGAGACACACCGAACACGUCUUGUACCUUUUGCACCACAGAAUAUAUUGGAUAUAUUGUAAAUAGAUAAUAUAGAUUUAUUCUGAAAAAGUGAUUGCUUUGCCCAGUGUGUGUAUCUACGUAUGUAUUUGUACAGAGAAGAAUCUAGUUUAAAAAAAAAGGAAUAUUAUAGUUAUUAUAGCUAUUAUUAUUAUUAUUCACAUUUAAUAUCAGGGGGUGUCCUUAAUCCUACUGCUAAGAGAGACAGGAAACAGGCAGCUUUUAUAGAAUACACUCCAGUUACCAUGGUAACACAGACUGAUAUUAAUACAGAUCUACAUUCAUCAUGAAAUUAUAUCGUGUCAUAUUAUUAUAGGAUUAUUAAGAGAUGGCUGUGUCACCUGUUAAGGGUGUGUAAAGGGCUAUGCUGUAUUGGUGAAUACGUGCAGUAAAUCACAGGUCAUGCACGCGCGCGCACACACACACACACACACACACACACACACACACACACACACACAGAGAGACAACAUAUAAACACAAACAUACACAGGCGCAUACACAACCACACACUGACGUACACAAACAUGCACACAGCUGCCAAAGCAACAGCAAAUCCAACUUACAUUCACCUUAGAAACUGCUUGAUUUCUCAAGUCAGCAAACCCCACUUUGUUUACUGUAAACUCUGACUGACUUGUAUUAUACAGCAUGAUAUCGUUUUGUUUUUAUUGUUUUUUGUUUUUUUCAUUUACAGUACACGGGGCGGGGGGGAGUUUGAUUCUAUGUUUGUAUCAUUAUUGUCAGGGCAUGUUGGGUUGAUUGAUGUCAUUUUCUCCCCCUUCUCUCUACUUCCUCCCUCCCUUCUGCCCGACCCCCUCUCUGUGGUUGUCAUGGAGACGCACCAAUCUGCAUCCUCACUGUGGAGCACUGUCAUUAAUCUUUGCACCCUCACAAUAUUUCUAAAAGGGAGAUUUCUUAAAGAUCAACAUAUUUACUAAUGGAAUAUUUCUAAUUUUUUCUGUUCGAAGAGAAUGAAAGAAUAAAGUAGUUUUUACUCUCGGCCUCCGACUGUCUGUCCUCUGCGUGCGUCGACGCUGCAAUCGUCUCCUCGGUGUCUGCGUCUGCAGCACUCCUGGCCUCUCUAAUGAAUGAAUGUGCUCCAGGUGUGCAGGG